AUUUGCAGUGGGAUCAUGAAACCUGGCCUCAAUGCCAUUCUGGGACCCACCGGUGGAGGCAAAUCUUCGUUGUUAGAUGUCUUAGCUGCAAGGAAAGAUCCGCAUGGAUUAUCUGGAGAUGUUUUGAUCAAUGGAGCACCUCGACCUGCCAAUUUUAAAUGUAACUCAGGUUACGUGGUACAGGAUGACGUCGUGAUGGGAACGCUGACAGUGAGAGAAAACUUACAGUUCUCGGCAGCUCUUCGGCUUCCGACCACCAUGACAAAUCAUGAAAAAAAUGAGCGGAUUAACAUGGUCAUUCAAGAGUUGGGUCUGGAUAAAGUGGCCGAUUCCAAGGUUGGAACCCAGUUUAUCCGUGGUGUGUCUGGAGGAGAAAGAAAACGGACUAGUAUUGCAAUGGAGCUUAUUACUGACCCAUCCAUCUUGUUCCUGGACGAGCCCACGACUGGCUUAGACUCCAGCACAGCAAAUGCUGUCCUUUUGCUCCUGAAGAGGAUGUCUAAACAAGGACGGACCAUCAUCUUCUCCAUUCACCAGCCUCGUUACUCCAUCUUUAAGUUGUUUGAUAGCCUCACCUUGUUGGCCUCAGGAAGACUCAUGUUCCAUGGACCUGCUCGGGAGGCCUUGGGAUACUUUGCCUCCAUCGGUUACAGCUGUGAGCCCUACAACAACCCCGCAGACUUCUUCCUGGACGUCAUUAACGGCGACUCCUCCGCUGUGGUGUUAAACAGAGCGGACAGAGACGAUGGAGCCCAAGAGCCCGAAGAGCCUGCCGAGAAAGAUACUCCCCUCAUAGGAAAACUUGCUGCGUCUUAUACCAACUCCUCCUUCUUCAAGGACACGAAAGUUGAGUUAGAUCAGUUCUCAGGGGGUCGGAAAAAGAAGAAGAGUUCGGUGUACAAGGAGAUCACCUACACCACCUCCUUCUGUCAUCAGCUCCGAUGGAUUUCCAGGCGUUCAUUCAAAAACUUACUGGGUAAUCCCCAGGCGUCCGUAGCCCAGGAAAAGAAAAUAAACAGGGAAACUGCUGCAAUCCAAAGAUUGCUCGAUGGAGCAAAGAGACUCUUCUGUGAGUUCUGCACAGCUGGCUUCUUUGAAUAGAGGGGACAAAAAGAAAUUUCCUAAAUAUGUUGUUCUAUCUUUGUUCAGAUGUAUUUAUCAACCUUUCUCAAGGUGAAUUCUGAGGGAUGGCUGCCAUUGAAAAAAUGAAUCCAGGAGUUCC